AUGGAGUUUCUCGUGCCGCUGCACGCGGCAGACUUGGAGCUGGCGAAGGCGGGGCGGUACCAUGUUCAGUCGGUGAUGACGUUCGAGGACGAGGCGAUGGCAGAGAUCUCGGCGCGCAUACAGCGGUUGGAGGACCAGGUGUUGGGCAGCGAGGCGGGACUAGAGCUGCUGCAGGAGGACUGGCUGGACUUGACGUACAGUCUCGUCAAGAAGCUGCCGACGCUGUCCGAGUCUCUGCGUAUGCGUGUGGUGGAGAUGUUAGCGGCCUUUGUGAGCAACGUGACGGAGGGCGUGCUGGCCAGACGCCCAGGCAGCGAGGACGCCGACGACGUCGUGUUGUACCGUAGCGCCUUCAAGGCCAGCGUCUACUUCCUCAUCACAGCACUCACGAGUGUCAGCAGUCUUCAAGUACAAGCAGAGAAGGAUAUCAUUAAGCACAAAGGCAAAGGAAAGAGUCAGAAUUUGACUAUUAACCGCGUCAACUGGAGCAAAGUGAUGGAAGGAGCCAUCCACAAACUCAGUCGCUCUGUCAGUCCAAAGACUUUUGCUAUGUGGAAUAUGAAUGUGCCUGAGGAGGAAUUCUCCAUGCUGUACUGUAAAGUGGUCUUCGAGCUGCUGGGCAACGCCACGCUCUGUCGCGGGAAGUCACUCAAGCCCAAGCUCUUCCAUCUUCUGGCCAUGAGUCUACAGAAGGCUCCAGCUAUACACAUUUCUGUGGUGGCUUCUCUCAUCGAUCUCAUCUACACGCACGAGCACUUGAGCGCCUCUAUCGCCGAACUUGUCGAGCUGCUGUACUUCAAGUAUGCCAACAUGACAUUCGCGGCGGAUCUCAUCAGUGAGAUCGGGAAAAUCUCGUCACGGGACGCAUCCAAGGACGUGGCUGGCACGCGGAACAUCGCCAUGUUCCUCUCGAGUUUGUCGACUCGUACCCCGGCCUUGAUUAUGGGGAAUUUGAGCUUCGUGCUGGCCCUGCUCGACUCGGAAGCGUAUCAGCUCCGCAAUGCUGCUGUGACGUGUGUAACUCAGAUUUUGCUAUGGAGUUUCCGUCAGAGCGGGCAGCAUCAAGAUCCGGAAGAGCCUGAAGCUGCUACAAAAUUCAAGCAGAAGACACGAGAGCAGAAGGAGAAAAAGGAUCAAGAGAGCAAGAAUGACGACUUGGACACUGGGGAUAGUAGCGAGGACGACGAAGGCAGUAGCAGCGACUCGAAUGACGGACAGGAAGAGGAAGAGGAGGCUGGGAAGGCCAACGAGGAUGCUCCGCGUACGUUUUCCCGCUCCACACGUGACCAGCUGCUCAGCGUAUUGGAGGAUCGCACGCAUGAUGUCAACUCGUUUGCGCGAGGCCACGUAUUGAAGAUGUGGGCUCUGCUGUGCGAGGAAGGAGCUCUGCCGCUGCAUAUGCUCAAAAACGUGACGUUGAUGGCGGUUGGACGGCUACAGGACAAAGCGGCGGUGGUUCGUCGUCACAGCAUUCACUUGCUCUCGUUACUGCUGGAGAGAAACCCAUUUAUGGGCAAUCUGGACCGUGCAUUCUACGAAAAGAAGCGGGGCGAGCUCGCCCAAAAGAUGAAGAAGAAGCGAGACGAGGUGAUUGCCGGCGCGGAGAAGGAAAUGAGUGAAGCGAUGGGGGAUAUUGCCAUCCAGUCCGAGGCAGCAGCAGCUACUUGUACGUCUUCUCAACCGGCCGUCUCGUCAGAAGAGCAAGCUGCUGCGUUGGAGAAGGAUUUGCAGACGAUGGUGCGUCUGCUUCAGUUUUACCAAGACGCUAUCGACUUUAUUGACGAGUUUGAGUUGCAAGCUUUGCCUCUGAUGGGUCAACUGCUGGGGAGUAAGUCCAUUUCAGAUGUGCUGGAGGCGAUCCAGUUCUUCGAGAAGGCCUACCGCUUCCAUCUUGGUGCUGCUCAGACUGGAAUCAGGAAAGUUUUGCCGUUGACGUGGCGAUCUGAUGUGUCUAUUCAAGAACAGCUGUCCAAUACGUUUGUGGGUCUCUUUAUUCGCAUCGAUGUGGACGAUCCGGAGCGGAACUCGCCCCAGUUGGUGGCAGAAAACCUCGUCAAGUUCUUAGACGAAUGCACCGUCGCUGAGUACACGUGUCUGGAGCGAAUCAUGGGGGAACUACAUGGCAGUCAAAAGGUGCCAAUGGUGGUCAUCAGCGCUUUGUGGGGGCUUGUGGAUGUGGCUGUGUACCCCAUUUCAGUGGUGAGCAACGCGCUGGUUCUCCUGAGUAUGAUCGCCAAUAUCGAUGACUCGAUGCUUUUCUCUAACGACCGUCUCGGUCAAGUUCUUUCGAUGGGACUAGGGGAGUUGGCAUGCAGCCCGGACUCUCAGUACCGCGUUCUUGGGGCAGCCUGUCGUUUGGUGCAAUGCAUUCAGUUGGAGCCAAAGGCUGCGACUGCCAAGUGCAACAGUCAGACACAGCGGCGCAUUCAACGCUCCAACCUAGACGCGACAGAGCAAAUCAUUCUUCGCUUGCAGCGCUUCCUUGCUUUGGAUUUUGUGAGUGAUGACGGGAUUGCACUGGAAUGUCUGCAUUCGACGUGGUUUGACACGGUGCAGCAAGCGAUCGAGGCCAUUUUCUCUAUUUGUGAGCGUCCGGAGGAAGUUUGUGGCGAUGUUAUCAAGCAUUUAUCGCUGCGCCUGUUCGAGAGUGAGACGGACGACGUUUCCCGCGUGGAGCUGGCCCACUUUUUCUUCGUCUUGGGCCACUCGGCUGUAAAAGUAGCCAUCCACGUGGAGAAGCUGGCUGCGAAAGUCAAGAAAAUGCGUGGCAAUCGCAGUGCAGCUGCGAGACCUGCUGAUAACUCAGGGUCAAAUGAUGGUGAAGACGUGUCUGCGAUGGAGGACGAGCUGGGUGUGGCAGCGGAGGUGGAGGCUGAGGAAGACACAUUUGUGCACAAUAUCAUUCAGAAGGAGAUCGCCUGUCGCAAUCUACUGGGAGUGUAUGGCCCCCUGAUCAUCCGAGUAUUGGUGGGCAAGGAAGAAGAGUUGAGGGGCGACAAAUUAUUGACGGAGUGUGCCGUGGUGGCGCUGAGCAAGUUUAUGGCCGUCUCGGAGGAGUUUUGCGAGAAGCAUUUGCAGCUCCUGUUCACGAUCCUGCAGGAUUCGCCGCAGCCUUCCGUUCGAGGAGAUGUGAUCAUCGCUCUGGGUGAUCUCUCGUUCCGGUUCCCGAAUCUGGUGGAGCCUUGGACGUCGCAUCUGUAUAAUCGGCUGCGAGAUGUGAACCUCAACGUCCGCAAGAAUACAAUUGUUGUGCUUUCUCACCUCAUUCUGAACGACAUGAUCAAGGUGAAGGGACAGAUCAGCGAGAUUGCCAUCUCGUUGGUGGACGAGAAUGACGGCAUCCGUAGCCUCGCCAAGCUUUUUUUCUUUGAGCUGUCCAAGAAGGGCAACAACCCCAUUUACAACAUGCUCCCAGAUGCAAUUGGCCAGUUGUCUACAAGUGAACUGGUCUCCAACUCGGACUUCCAAACGAUUUCUCGCUUCCUCAUCCAGUUCAUCACUAAGGAAAAGCAGAUUGAGAGUAUCGUUGAGAAGCUGUCCCAGCGGUUCCCGACGGCGUCCAAGAUGCAGCAGCAGCGUGAUCUGGCCUAUUGCUUGGCACGUCUGGCGCACACGGAGAAGUCCCUUAAGUAUUUGUACCAGAACCGCAAACUCUACAGCGAUGCACUCCAUGACAACUCGGUAGCUGACACCUUCACGGCAUUAGUUGCAAAGGCUAGGCGAGGCAACAGCGCGCUCACAGCCACAGCCGAGAUGAAGGAAGCGAUUGACAAGUUGGAUCAGUUUGUCGUUGAAACAAAAGAGGGUAAGGAAGGGGAUGAAACCAUGGACGGAGGAGAAUCGACCGAGCGAGCUCCAUCACCAGUAGCCAAGGGCAAGGCGAAGCAACGAGCCAAGCGAAAGACUCGCAAGCCGAAAGCGACUCGUGUCGUGAGCGAGGAGGAGGAUUCGUCGGAAGAAGAGUAA